AUGCCCUCAGCAGACAAUACUUCUCCAGGUAGGGUUCGGCGAGAACUCGCACAACGGCGUAGCAGGUGGAUGCGCGAACAUGCUCUGGCUUCGGAAUGCGUCGAGGAUGGCGCAUGUACGACAGGAGGAGUGCUUUUAUAACAAGUUGAAGUUGUAAUGACCUAGUACAGGAUGAGUGCUUCUAUAACAAGUUGAAGUUGUAAUGACCUAAUCCUAAUCCUAUCGAGGCAUUCUGACAUGAUCGGCGGUUCGUAGGCAAUUCUUGCACCUUAGUAGAAGGAGGGUAACGUGAUCUACGAUGUGUUUAUUUCCUUUUUAAUUGGUCAAUUUCCUAGUUAUUUAGGUCCUUCUCCAGUAUGUUCAUUUUUCGAUGAGCAGGCAUGUCAUACCCUUGCAGGUUGUUACACUUGCUCCCAGGGCCCUACAUUGUUAGGCUGUGCCUUAGUUGUUCGACAGAGGCUAUUGCAAUAUAGUUCUCUCCGAUAGUCGUAGUUUUUGGCCGUUGUGAUACGGUUUUCUUGCUCCCCCAGUAUGUAAGUUUAUAUGAGGUUGUUUAGGUAGUUGAAUGGGAGGCAGCAUGUAGUCCUAUGGAAAAAAAAAACACCGGAUAUCACCCCAGCCUACAAAAAACGAAGAUCGAGGUCCCUGAGCUUGAACUUGUGUAGAUUUAUUUAGCCCGAUGAAUGUGCAGGAUCCUUAAAAACCUAACCUAAGUAAGUAACCUUCGCAUUUCUUUCGAAUUCGAAAGAUGGCUAUAAUUUUCCAAUUACAGCAAAAAGUCUGCAGAGAGUCUCAUUUUGUUGAAUUCCCUCUCAAUGUUUUGGAGCUUGGUUCUGCAGAAGGGACCGCGAACCUCGCAGGACAACAAGGAGCAUCGGCUGUACAACAGGCGACGAAUAGUACGAGUACUACCACAUCAUCAACCACUACGACGCAGUCCGUCACUUCCGAUGGAGGAUACUCUGUCGCUCGGUCUCGCGACACAGAACUACUUGCUCGCUUACAAGAGCGGAUCGAGAAGAGUGUGCGUACGGAAGUCGUGCAGGAAAUCGCCACUCGGAAUGUGGAGAAAGAGUUGGAAAGGCUAGUCGCGGAUAAGCUGAGCAGCUAUUCGUGUCCGAUCUGCAUGAAUGUGAUGCAUAGUGGCGCAACGGGUCCUGGGGAUGGAGGGAAGGAAGACAGGUGUUUUCUAGAAGACAGGUCAUAAUAUUUUUUGUCUCCCAUGAUCACUCUGAACACACUCCCGCUCUGAACACAAACAUGACACAAACACAGGUCUCCCCUCCUCCUGUUCCCCUGUGGCCACAACCUUUGCGCACAUUGCAAUUCGCAGUUGAAGAAGCCACUUUGUCCGUAUUGCCGUACGAAGAUUGAGCACAAGGCAAUCAACCGGCCCUUGCAAGAGAUGAUAGCUGCUUUCGAGAAUCCGGCACACGUGACGGAUACUCUGAACAGCGAUCAUCCUGGUGGCGCUUUAUAUGGCGGCGGUCCUCAUGGAGUAACGAUGGGCUCAACGGUCGACAACAUGAUGGAGGUCGAACAACAGCUCGGCUCAAUGACCCCUUCCGCCGCAACAAGCUAUUCGAACACUUCGGCAGCUACAGCGACACCUCCCAGCACGGCUAGCACCUCUUCAAGCCUCCAAAAAGCUCAGUAUGAGCGGCAAUAUCGACACUUUUUAGCAAGAGCUAACGUGUUGUCCGAUGAGCUUGAUUUGGAGGAAGGGGAGGCGCGAAAAACAGCCGAAGAGGAUGCUAGAUUUAUGGAAGCUAGUCUUUUGGGAUUGAUUUCUUUUCCUCCUCGAUUUCGAAUUUUGUUCCUCAUGCUAGGAGGUAUUUCCUUUCCUCCUCGAUUUCGAAUUUUGUUACUCAUGCUAGGAGGUAUUUCUUUUCCUCCUCGAUUUCGAAUUUUGUUCCUCAUGUUAGGAGGUAUAACUACAUGUUGGUGCUCUUUGUGCUGCAGAUCUCGCGCAACCCACACCAAAGCGAAGACUUCGAGCAACAUCCAUAGUCUUUCAAAAUUCAUUGACAACUCUAAUGCCAUAGCCUCCCAGAUAGCGGCAGACGAGGCUGAAGUUGCUACCCUUUUCCAGAAGUGGGAAGCGGCAAAGCAAAGGCUUGAAGGCGCAAAGCGGGAUCGAAAGCAGUGCCAGAGGAAGCGGGAAGAGUCUGAACGACGAGUAAACCUGUUGCGUACAACGCUACAGCCACUAGAAAGGGAUAGAGACAAAUACAAAAUUUUGCUGGAACAUCUUUGA